AUGGUGCGUCCACCUCUACGGAUUAUUCGUAAUUCUGCAUUGCUAGAUGAUCAUUUCCAGGAAUGUGCAUUCGUUGUGGAACAAAAGGAAAGCUCUACAGCAACCGUGCUUCCACAACGGACUUACGCAACCUGCUGUCUUACAAUCAAUCUUGCUCAACUAACAUUACAUGAUGAAAAUCCGAAAAUAAAUGGAUCAUCUCACCUCAACAACGGUUCCUCUACUUACACGAACUCCUCAUCCAGUGAAAACUCGGAUCCCCCUAAUCAUAACGGAUCGAAUGGAACCGAUGAAGUAUCUGAUGAUGAAUCCGAAGUUCUUGUUGAUUCGAAUGACAACGUGGCGGUCACGGAUGGAAUACGAAUGGUUGACGAAAAAUCCGGAGGAGAGCCGUCUCCUAAGAGACGAAGAAAUCAAUCAAAUGCAGAAUAG